AUGGACCCCCGAACAAGUGCCCAAGAUGUUAUACGAUGUGACAUUUGUGAGACUGCUGUAGUGCAGAUGCACUGUGAUACAUGUCUUAACAAUCUUUGCAAGGCCUGUGUUGGAGAACAUAUUUCAAGUGAAGAAUCUAAAGAUCACAAGGUGGUGAAAUUUCACUCCAGAAAUACCACUCCGAUCUACCCUAGAUGUGCCUUCCAUGAAAAAGAGCAAUGGGAGAUGUUUUGUAAACACUGUGACAUUCCUGUCUGUCACACGUGCCUGGAAUCUGAUCAACAUCUCGGUCAUAAGUUAUCAAACAUUUUGCAGGUUCUGGGUGAAAAGAAAGAUUUGAUAAGGAAAGAAAAUAAAGAACUGAGGGACAAUAUGUAUCCUACCUACCAGGACAUUGCAGCUGAUGUACGAAACAGAAUGACAAAGAUAGAGAUGGAAUAUGGAGAUCUUUUAACAGCUAUAAUAAAACACGGAGAGGACCGCCACAGAGAACUUGAACAACUUGUCGGGAGAUUUAAAAUCAAAGUUAAUGAAAUGAAGACCUCACAAGUACAAUCUUUACAAAAACAUCUGGAUGACAUUAACAAGAAAAUUGUUAACAUUGAAGGAGAAAUUGAUUCACUUGAUACUGCUGCAGACUCAAAUGACAUUUCACUACCAUUUAGUGUGAGAUCCAAUAUACAUCAAUAUGAAAAGCUUCCACAAAAACUUGUUUUUUCUGUACCUAAUUUCAUUCCAGGGACAAUUCAAGAGGAAGAACUUUUUGGAACUUUAUCCUCAAUUUCUCUAAAAGCAGAGGUGUAUGGAUACAGUACAAAGACAACAAAAGACUCAUCAGAAUGUGAAUCCCAUCCCCCAGACAAACAGAAAUCAGAAGAAGUCAUUUUGUUUUCAGAAACUCGUUCCCAUUUACCGGUAAAAACCUUGCUUGACAUUCCAGAGACUUUUGACACAAAUAUUUUCUAUGAUAGUGAAUACCUUCAAAAUGUUGAAUGUUUUGGUGCAGAAGAGAUGUGGACAAGUGGAGAUAGCAGUACCAUAAGACUCUUUAACAUCAGUAAUGGCCAUUUAACAUUCCAGACUUCCAUCACAACAAAGACAGGAAAUUGGCCAUCAGACAUAACAGUGUCAAGAAGUGGAAAUCUUAUUUACACUGAUAACUCCGAGAAAACUGUCAACAUUGUUCAGAUUGAAAGCAUGGCUUUAGAGGACGACAUCGAGGAAGUGAUCAGAAUAAAAGAUUGGAGACCACAGGCUAUCUGUAGUACCUCCUCUGGUGACCUCCUUGUCUCAAUGGAUAGUGAAGAUGACAAAAGACAAACAAGAAUAGUCCUAUUCUCUGGUUCCAUGCAGGAAAAAGUCAUUCAGUUUCAUGACAAUGGCAUCCCUCUCUACUCAUCUGGCGGAUCAAAAAAAUAUAUAUGUGAAAACAGGAACCUUGAUAUAUGUGUAGCUGACAGUGGAGCUAAAGCCGUUGUGGUGGUCAAUCGGUCUGGGAAUCUAAGAUUCCGUUAUACAGGACAUACGCCUGCCCCAAUGAAUAAAUCAUUCAAUCUUAAAGGAAUCACUACAGACAGACGUUUGUUGGAACGAUACGAAGAGACUAAAAGCGUCAAACGGAGACCUAAAAGUGGUCGUCCAAAAAGUACAACUGUUAGACAAGAUAGACAAAUAUCGCUACUUGCGAAGAGAAAUCGAAUGCCUUCAGCUGUUUCUUUGAACAGAGAGCUAUCUGCAGCAACAGGUAUAAGGAUGUCAACACAAGCCUUGAGAAACAGACUGCAUGAUGUAGGAUUACAUGCCAGAAGACCUGCUGUACGCCCACCUUUGACCGUGGAACAUCGCAACCGUCGCCUCCAGUUUGCUCAAGACCAUAUCAACUGGUACCAUCAUCAUAUACAAGGAGUGUUAUGGACUGAUGAAUCCAGAUUUUGUCUGGAUUUUAAUGAUGGUCGCAGACGAGUAUGGAGGAAGAAAAACGAGAGAUAUAAGGACUGCUGCAUCACUGAACAUGACCGGUUUGGUUGUGGAUCAGUCAUGGUUUGGGCAGGUAUCAGUUACGAUGGCUCCACAGACCUUUAUGUCAUAAGGAAUGGAUCGCUAACAGGUGUCUGUUACAGGGAUGAGAUCCUUGCACCAAUUGUUAGGCCUUAA